AUGUCGGAUCCUCAUCGCGAUGUCUCGCAAUACAAGUACUCGGCCAUGUCCAACCUGGUCCUCCAGGCGGACCGUCGGUUUGUCACGCGGCGAACUGACGAGGCCACAGGCGACCCAGAAUCCCUUGCUGGACGGCUGAGCAUCAAGGACAUGGGCGCCAGAGUUGCGCGAGACGAGGCGCCGAAACAGAAGAAGCAGCCUGGGAUGCCCGAUAUCGAAAGAGGCAGCCUACAAGAGGGUGAGGAUGUCUUGCUCAGAGAACAAAGGAGGCGGAAAGCAGAGGCACCGCAACAGAGAGGAACUGGCGUUCUCGGCGCAAACGAUGCCUUGAUCGAGGGUAUUACAUAUCGACCACGGACACAAGCGACACGCGCCACCUUCGAUUUAAUACUGACCCUGGUUGCUAAUAACUUGGGCGAUGUGCCGCACGAAGUUGUUCGCAGCGCAGCUGAUGCCGUGUUGGAAUACCUUAAAGACGACGAUCUGAAGGACCUGGACAAGAAGAAGGAAAUCGACGAUAUCUUGGGCUCAACGAUGAACCCUAAGCAGUUCAAUGAGCUGAUCAACCUUGGAAAGAAGAUUACCGACUACGACGCACAGGACGAUGACGAGGACGUCAAUAUGGGCGAUGCUAACGGCGACGAUGCGGAGAUUGACGAGCGUCAGGGUGUUGCUGUGGCCUUUGACGAAGAUGAGGAAGAAGAUGCAAUUGUCAAUGAGGUCCGAGACGAAUCAUCCGAAGACGAAGAGGACGAAGAUGAGCAAGAUGGUGGAGAAGCAUCUGGACCAAAGGCAACUGAAAAUUUGGAUGACGACGAGAUGGUUCUUGAUUCAGGCCCAGGGGGUGCCAAAAGGAAAGGCGAAGAGAAGAAGUCAAUACCCGCCAGAGAUAUCGAUGCUUUCUGGCUACAGCGUCAGAUUGGCAGUCUGUAUCCCGAUGCCCACGAACAAACGAACAAGACCAAGGAUGCUCUUCGUAUUCUGUCCGGUGAACCAGACGAGCCCGAGGGUGAGGAGAAGUCUCUUCGAGAAAUCGAAAACGACCUCAUGGAGCUGUUUGACUUUGAACAUCACGAAUUGGUCCAGAAGCUCGUGGAAAAUAGACAAAAGGUAUUCUGGCUCACAAAGCUGGCUCGCGCCGAGUCUGCCGAGGACCGGGAGACUGUUGAACGAGAGAUGGGUUCUGAAGGACACCAAAAGAUUCUCGAUGAGUUGCGGGGCAUAUCACCGGCUGGGGAUGAGAAGAAACGAAAAGUAGACAUCAAAAUGGACAUUGAUGUUCCAGCCUCGUUCAACGCUGAAGCGCCAAAGCAGGAACGAUCAGAGGGUCACUUGGUGGGAGGACUGCAGCCCAAGAAGGUGGUUAACCUCGAUAACUUGGUGUUCGACCAAGGCAACCAUCUCAUGACAAACGCCAAGGUACGGUUACCAGAAGGCUCAACGAAGAGGUCGUUCAAAGGCUAUGAGGAGAUUCACGUUCCCCCACCCAAGAAGCGAAACGAGCCUGGCGAUGUCCUGAUUCCUAUUACUGACAUGCCUGAAUGGUCGCGUGGGCCGUUCAGCACCGCCAAGUCUUUGAACAAGAUCCAGUCCAAGUGCUAUCCCUCCGCUUUUCAAGACGAUGGCAACAUGCUAGUGUGCGCCCCUACCGGUAGUGGUAAGACAAACGUGGCCAUGUUGACGAUUUUGCGGGAGAUUGGUAAGAAUAGAAACCCAGAGACUGGAGAUAUCGACCUAGAUGCCUUCAAAAUUGUCUAUAUUGCGCCUUUAAAGGCUCUGGUUCAAGAACAGGUUGGCAACUUUGGAAAGAGGCUGGAACCAUACGGUAUUCGCGUUUCUGAAUUGACUGGUGAUCGACAACUCACCAAACAGCAAAUUGCCGAGACUCAAAUUAUUGUCACAACUCCUGAAAAGUGGGACGUUAUUACCAGAAAGGCCAACGACCUCACCUACACAAAUCUGGUUCGACUUGUUAUUAUUGAUGAAAUUCACUUGCUCCACGACGAUCGUGGCCCCGUCUUGGAAAGCAUCGUCGCCCGAACUAUUCGAAAGACGGAGCAAACUGGAGAGCCUGUCCGAAUUGUGGGCUUGUCCGCCACACUUCCCAACUACAAGGAUGUUGCAAGCUUCUUGCGUUGCGAUGUCAAGAAGGAUCUCUUCCACUUUGACAGCACCUUUAGGCCUUGUCCACUGCGUCAAGAGUUUAUUGGUGUCACAGAUCGCAAGGCUAUUAAACAGUUGAAGACGAUGAAUGACGUGACUUACAACAAAGUUAUGGAACAUGUUGGCUCAAACAGGAACCAGAUGAUCAUCUUUGUUCAUUCAAGAAAAGAGACUGCGAAGACGGCCAAGUAUAUCCGAGACAAAGCACUGGAGCUGGAUACGAUCAAUCAAAUCCUUCGACACGAUGCAGGAAGCAGAGAGGUUCUCAAUGAAGCUGCCAGCCAAGCAACCGAUGCGGACUUGAAGGACAUUUUACCAUAUGGAUUCGGUAUCCAUCACGCCGGUAUGAACAGAGUAGACAGAGCUGAUGUGGAGGAUCUCUUUGCCAGCGGCGCUAUUCAAGUUUUGGUGUCAACCGCUACCCUGGCUUGGGGUGUCAACUUACCUGCCCAUACCGUCGUCAUCAAGGGCACCCAGGUCUACUCACCGGAGAAGGGUAGUUGGGUCGAACUCAGUCCUCAAGAUGUUCUUCAAAUGCUCGGCCGUGCUGGUCGACCGCAGUUUGACACGUAUGGUGAAGGCAUCAUCAUCACAACGCAGACCGAAAUUCAGUACUAUCUCUCGCUGCUCAAUCAGCAACUGCCUAUUGAAAGUCAGUUUGUUAGCAAGUUGGUGGACAAUCUCAAUGCCGAAAUCGUGCUAGGAAAUGUUAGGACUCGGGAUGAGGGUGUUGAGUGGCUGGGGUAUACCUAUCUGUUCGUUCGUAUGCUGCGAUCUCCCGGGCUUUACCAGGUCGGAGCAGAAUACGAAGACGAUGAUGCGCUGGAGCAGAAACGAGUCGAUCUGAUUCAUUCUGCCGCCUUGAUGCUGCGAAAGUCCAAUCUCAUCAAGUAUGACGAAAAGACGGGCAAGUUGCAGUCUACUGAUCUCGGACGCAUUGCCUCGCAUUACUACAUCACCUCCACUUCCAUGGAUACCUACAACAAUUUGAUUCAGCCGUCCAUUACCACGAUUGAGCUCUUCCGUGUCUUUGCGCUUAGCGCUGAAUUCAAAUACAUUCCUGUGCGACAGGAUGAAAAGCUUGAGUUGGCAAAGCUCAUGGGCAGAGUACCCGUUCCUGUCAAGGAGAGCAUAGAAGAACCACAUGCCAAGAUCAAUGUUCUUCUGCAAGCAUACAUCUCUCGACUCAAGCUUGACGGGCUUGCUCUCAUGGCUGACAUGGUGUAUGUCACUCAAAGUGCUGGUCGUAUUCUGCGUGCCGUGUUUGAGAUUACACUGAGAAAGGGAUGGGCGUCUGUCGCCAAGACAGCGCUGGAUCUGUGCAAGAUGGCUGAGAAGCGUAUGUGGCCGACCAUGACGCCCUUGCGCCAGUUCCCAACUUGCUCCAAGGAUAUCAUCCAAAAAGCGGAGCGAAUCGAUGUCUCGUGGAGUAGUUACUUUGACCUCGACCCUCCCCGUAUGGGCGAAUUGCUCGGCAUGCCCAAGGCCGGGAGAGCUGUUUGUGGGUUUGUCGCCAAGUUCCCGAGAGUUGAAGUUCAAGCUCAAGUUCAACCAAUGACGCGCUCGAUGCUGAGAGUAGAACUUGGCAUCACUCCCAACUUCGAGUGGGAUGACAGCCUGCAUGGCGCUGCCGAGAGUUUCUGGAUUAUUGUAGAAGACUGUGAUGGCGAAGACAUUCUGUUCCAGGACACUUUCCUUUUGCGCAAGGACUACGCAGAGUCUGAGGCAAAUGAGCACAUUGUCGACUUCACCGUUCCCAUCACCGACCCAAUGCCUCCCAACUACUUUGUGUCUGUCAUUUCAGACAGAUGGAUGCAUUCGGAGACGAGAUUGGCCGUCCCUUUCCACAAGCUCAUCCUGCCAGAGAAGUUCCCGCCACACACGGAACUCUUGGAGCUGCAGCCUCUCCCCGUUUCGGCAUUAAAGGUCUCAAACUAUGUGGAUCUGUACCCUGAUUGGAAACAGUUCAACAGGAUUCAAACUCAGACUUUCAACUCUCUGUACAAGACUGACCAGAACGUUUUCAUCGGUGCCCCGACUGGCAGUGGCAAAACUGUCUGUGCAGAAUUUGCUAUUCUACGGCACUGGACUCAGGGGGAUGCUGGCCGAGCUGUCUAUAUUGCUCCCUUCCAGGAGGUUGUCGACGCUAGGUUGCAAGACUGGCAGAAGCGGUUGGCCCACCUGAAUGGUGGGAAGGAAAUCGUCAAGCUGACGGGAGAGACUGCUACUGAUUUGAAGCUUCUCGAGCAAGGAGACCUGAUUUUGGCGACACCAACACAGUGGGAUGUGCUGUCCAGACAGUGGAAGAGGCGCAAGAAUGUGCAAAGUGUUCAACUGUUCAUCGCGGACGACAUCCACCUGCUUGGAGGUUACAUGGGUUACGUGUACGAGAUCAUUGUCUCUCGCAUGCAUUAUAUCCGAACCCAAACAGAAUUGCCAAUGCGCAUCGUUGCAUUAAGUGUCUCAUUGGCAAAUGCAAGAGAUAUCGGAGAGUGGAUUGACGCCAAGAAACACGAUAUUUACAACUUCAGUCCACAUGUGAGACCAGUGCCUCUGGAGCUCCAUGUACAAUCAUAUUCCAACCCUCAUUUCCCUUCUCUCAUGCUGGCCAUGGCGAAGCCUGCUUACGCUGCCAUUACCCAAAUGUCUGCGGAUAAGCCAGCCAUGGUGUUCGUCUCUAGCCGAAAGCAGACGAGACAAACUGCCAGAGAUUUGCUUGCUGCCUGCGUUGCGGAUGAUGACGAGGAUCGUUUCCUACACGCUGAAGUAGACCAAAUGCGACCACUCCUCGACCGUGUUCAUGAAGAAGCGCUGGCAGAGGCACUUUCCCACGGUGUUGGAUAUUAUCACGAAGCCUUGAGCCAGAGUGAUAAGCGUAUUGUCAAGCAUUUGUACGACAAUGGCGCCAUUCAGGUUCUCGUCGCCUCGCGAGAUACGUGCUGGGAGCUGACAAGCACUGCCCAUCUCGUAAUUGUCAUGGGUACUCAGUACUUUGAGGGCAGGGAACACCGAUAUGUUGACUAUCCUCUUAGCGAAGUGCUGCAGAUGUUUGGCAAGUCAUUGAAGCCUUCCAGGGAUGGAAGGGGCCGAGGUGUUCUCAUGGUUCCUUCAGUGAAACGCGAGUACUACAAGAAAUUCUUGAACGAAGCUUUGCCCGUUGAGUCGCAUCUGCACAACUACCUUCACGACGCCUCUGUGACGGAAAUCAGCACCAAGAUGAUUGAAUCUGGUGACGACGCCAUCAACUGGACGACGUUUACGUACUUCUACCGUCGAUUGCUGGCUAAUCCUAGCUACUAUAACUUGACCAGCACCACUCAUGAGGCUCUUAGCAACUACAUGUCUGACCUCGUGGAGACAACGCUGCGUGAGCUGACGGAAUCCAAGAUUAUCGAUUUCGAUGACGAGGACGGCAGCGUCUCGCCUCAGAAUGCUGCCAUGAUUGGUGCAUACUACAACAUUUCAUACAUCACAAUGCAGACGUUCCUUCUCUCGCUGAGCGCACGAACCAAGUUGAAGGGUAUCCUUGAAAUCGUAACUUCCGCUACCGAGUUUGAGUCAAUUCAAGUACGGCGUCAUGAAGAGGGCCUGCUUCGCCGCAUCUAUGACAGAGUCCCCGUCAAGAUGUCUCAGCCGGCAUACGAUUCACCUCACUUCAAGGCUUUCGUCCUUCUUCAGGCGCACUUCUCUAGGAUGCAGCUUCCUAUUGACCUGGCAAAGGACCAGGAGACUCUGCUGUCAAGGGUUCUAAGUUUGUUGAGUGCCAUGGUUGAUAUUCUGUCGUCUGAUGGCCACCUCAAUGCCAUGAACGCCAUGGAGAUGUCGCAGAUGGUUGUUCAAGCUAUGUGGGAUCGAGAUAGCCCGCUGAAGCAGAUUCCUCAUUUCGCACAAGACGUGGUCAAGGUUGCAAAUGACUUUGGUAUCAAGGACAUCUUUGACUUCAUGGAAGCCAUGAACCCUGACGAGAAUGCUGAUUACAAUAACCUGGUCAAACGUCUCGGUUUGUCACAGAAGCAGCUUGCAGAAGCCGCUGGCUUUACAAACGACAAAUACCCCGACCUCGAGCUCGAGCACGAGGUUCUCGACGAAGACGAAAUUCAAGCAGGCGAACCCUCAUAUCUUAAUAUCAAGAUUACACGCAACCUGGAAGAGGACGAUGAGCUCGACUCUACAGUGCACGCGCCAUUCUAUCCAACCAAGAAGAUGGAGAAUUGGUGGUUGGUGGUUGGCGAUGACAAGACUCGAAAUCUCCUUGCGAUCAAGAGAGUAACAAUUGGCCGUGAGUUGAGUGUCAAGCUUGAGUACACUGUACCGGCGGCAGGGGAGCACAACUUGAAGCUGUUUUUGAUGAGCGACAGCUACAUUGGAGUGGAUCAGGAGCGCGAAUUUACAGUCACAGCUGCUGAAGGAAUGGAUGUAGAUGACGACGAAGACGAUGAAGACGAGGAGGAAUAG